AGGAGGAGAUCCUCAACUUGGGCUCAGGAGGAGCCGGUGCUGCUCCUGGCGCGGUGCAGUCACACACAGCUCUCCACCGGACCGGUAUGCGCUAUCCGCGGAGGGAGAAGUGAUCCUCACCGAGCCGACCGAGCAAGAUGCAGGCGGAGGACAUGGAGGUACCGAUCAUUAAUAACCUUAACGAUAACGGAGACAGACAGAGGCCGAAAGGGAAAGAUGUGUUCAAGGAUCAGCAGAAGGAGUCGGAGAGCUCCAUGGAGUCUCCCAACCUGGAGUUUGAGUACGGAGACACAGACGCACUGACUGCUGAGCUUUCAGAGCUCUACAGUUACACAGAGGAGCCAGAGUUUGCCCUGAACAGAGACUACUUUGAGGAGGACUUCAGGAGCCAUGGUACUGUGUCCAUGUCUCGAGGCAGGAGGUGGAUCGAGCUGACGGUGGAGGAGCAGAGGACAUAUGUGAUGAGGCUGCUGGACGCGCUGGAGGUGACGGACAGAGACAAGAGGCUGAAGGUGGCCAGGGCAAUCCUCUACUUGGCUCAGGGAGUGUUUGACGAGUGCGACACAGAGGUGGACGUGCUCCACUGGUCCAGACACAAUGUCUUUCUGCUCUACGACAUGGGCAUCUUCACGGCGCUGCUGGAGCUGCUCAGCAUGGAGAUAGAUAACAACCAGGCGUGCAGCAGUGCGGUGAGGAAGCCUGCCAUCUCUCUUGCAGACAGCACAGAGCUCAGAGUGCUACUGAGCAUCAUGUACCUGAUGGUGGAGACCAUUAGAGUUCAAAUGGAGGAGGACAGACCUGAGUGGAAAGCAGCAAGAGAAGCCUUCAAGAAUGAGCUAGGUUCACCUCUGUACAACGGAGAGCCCUUUGCCCUGCUCCUCUUCACCAUGGUGACCAAGUUCUGCAGCAUGAAUGCCCCGCACUUCCCCAUGAAGAAAGUACUACUGCUGCUCUGGAAGACAAUACUGUUCACCCAGGGGGGUUUCGAGGAGCUCCAGGAGAUGAAGGUGCGAGGCCGAGAGCGUCUGAACCUGGCCCCGCUGCCGGAGGACAGCAUCAAGGUGGUCCGGGCCAUGAGAGCAGCCUCGCCCCCGGCCUCUGCCAUGGAGCUCAUCGAACAGCAGCAGCAGCAGAAGAGAGGCCGCCGCAGCCGCAGGAGUGCCUUUGUUGAUAGCUUGGAAGGAGACAGUCCCUUUCCCAAGAAGCAGCCCCUGGUCAAGCAGGACAGCCUGGACACGUACAACGAGCGGGACCCCUUCAAGAACGACGACGCCCGGGACGAGGAGGAGGACCCCGAGGACACGGACAGCGGCAUCGAGGGCGAGGUGGACCCCUUGGACCGCGAUGUCAUCAUCCAGCCCCCGCCUCCGCCGCCUCCCCUCAGACCCCCCACAGAAAGGGUCAACUUCCCCAAGGGCCUUCCCUGGGCCCCCAAAGUCAGGGAGAAAGACAUCGAGCACUUCCUUGAGACCAGUAGAAACAAGUUCAUCGGUUUCACUCUGGGAAAUGACACAGACACCCUGGUGGGCUUACCCAGACCCAUCCAUGAGAGCGUCAAGACUCUUAAGCAGCACAAAUAUGUGUCCAUUGCUGAAGUCCAGAUCAAAAAGGAGGACGAGCUGCAACAGUGUCCAAUGACUCUGGGCGAGGAGGAUGUGGAGGAGACACCAACAGAGAUGCUGUACCUGGGCAUGCUUCCUAACCUCUCCCAGUACGUGAUUGCCCUCCUGAAGCUGCUGCUGGCUGCAGCUCCGACCUCCAAAGCCAAAACCGAUUCCAUUAACAUCUUGGCUGACGUGCUGCCUGAGGAGAUGCCUAUCACCGUCCUUCAGAGCAUGAAGCUGGGAAUUGACGUGAACCGUCACAAGGAAAUCAUCGUCAAGGCCAUCUCUGCUCUGCUGCUGCUGCUCCUCAAACACCUCAAACUCAACCAUAUUUAUCAGUUUGAGAUUGUCUCCCAGCACCUGGUGUUUGCCAACUGUAUCCCACUCAUCCUCAAGUUCUUCAAUCAGAACAUCAUGUCCUAUAUCAGUGCCAAAAACAGUAUAUGUGUGUUGGACUUCCCUCACUGUGUGGUCCAUGAGAUGCCUGAGCUCACAGCUGAGAGCCUGGAAGCAGGAGACACCAACCAGUUCUGUUGGAGAAACCUGUUUUCUUGUAUCAAUCUGCUGAGAAUAUUAAACAAGCUGACCAAGUGGAAACACUCCAGGACCAUGAUGCUGGUGGUGUUCAAGUCUGCCCCCAUCCUGAAGAGAGCUCUGAAGGUGAAGCAGGCCAUGAUGCAGCUCUACGUCCUCAAGCUGCUUAAGAUCCAGACCAAGUACCUGGGCCGCCAGUGGAGGAAGAGCAACAUGAAGACCAUGUCAGCCAUUUACCAGAAGGUCCGCCACAGGCUCAAUGACGACUGGGCCUACGGAAAUGAUAUCGAUGCACGCCCCUGGGACUUCCAGGCAGAGGAGUGCGCCCUGCGGGAGAGCAUCGAGAAGUUCAACAGCCGCCGCUACGACAAGAACAAGAACGGAGACUUCGCGCCCGUGGACAACUGCCUGCAGAGCGUGCUGGGCCAGCGUGUGGAGCUGCCCGAGGACUUCCACUACAGCUACGAGAUGUGGCUGGAAAGAGAGGUCUUCUCCCAGCCCAUCCAGUGGGAGGGGCUGCUGCAGAAUCCGUGAUGGAGGGGAGGGAGAAAGCAGGGGGGGUGGAAGGGGGUCAAUGUGGCGGUGGAGAGGUCACACACAACGCUGUCGGAAUGGUUUUAGGGUUUAUUCUUACUGCAAAAAUGGGAGUCGGAGUAGAGUAGGCAGGAAUGGGGGUUCUACUUGACAUCAGUGAUGGAGGGAUGGGGGAGGGUGGAGAGAAAGAAGCUGGAGAUGGAGAAACCACCUCCCAGUCUAUCCAGUGAUGGGAGAAGAUGGAAGAUGAAGGGCAAAUAUGACGAACGAAUGGAGCUCGGCACAAAUAGAUGCCACACACACACACGCGCACACACUUGACCCUAACAUGUGCCUAUGACUACUGUGAACGCACACGGACGUGACAGGCAAAGAACAGAGGUAGCAGUUAAUAAGAAGCCGCUGUAGCAGGAGACUGUCAGUUAUACUGCCCCCCCAAAAAAAUAUCUUCACACCCCCUUUUUAAAAUGUUGGUGCUUUUUUGACUCCUUAGUGAUGCUUUCCUAUUUAUUUGUAUCAAUGUGUGUCGUUAAACAUUUUAUGAUAAAUACUUUUUUUUAUUAAGAUGUAAAAUUUAUAUGAUUUUUAAUCAGUUCAUGUCUUUUUAUUUUUACACAAGGCCUACUGUAAGUAUUGGGUUGUAGAUUGUGGGUGAAGGAUUUUUAGGAAACUGUAUUUUCUAGGAAAAAAAGGCCUUUUGGAAGCAAAUCACAGGGUCAUUUUGAUAGUCCAAAUGUAGACAUGAGAGAUUUCCACUAAUGGCAUAGUGAUCUCACAUAAAAUGUCACCAAAAAAAAAUAUAUAUAUAUACCAGCUGUAAGUGUAUGGGUUUGUUUGUAAAUGUAAAAGAAGAGUGUAGAGGAUGGUUUGAAGUAAGAAACUAUAUCCUAUCUUUACCUUGUAUAGAAUCCUUGCUAUUCCUGGUAUCUUAAACUUUGGUACCUUUUUGAAUUUUAAAUCUAGAAAUCACAUAACCUAAUCUGUAAUCACUGAUUUCAUCCAGGAUUUGUUCAUGUUCACAUAUGGAACUGGAAACCUGUUGUGGUUCCAUAGAAAAGCUCAGAGAGGUCGAUGUGCGCAGCUCUUUCUUUACUGUCUGGUUGAUUAACCAGAUCUGCCAAAACAACCAUCUAAGUCUUCAUCCUUGAAGUCUUUUCUCUUUUAAAAUCUAAAAUACUGUUUGAAAACACUCCUGAUAAAGCAUAAAUCACCUUUUUGAGGUUAGUUUUCGAGUGUGGAUUGGGCUCAUUGUUGCCCCUUGUGGCCGUUUGUGGAUAAAAGCCACUUCCCUGAGCCUUUCUAUGGAACGAUCCUGGGCUAACCGAACCUCAGCAACGAUCAGAAUAAUUAACAAUUAUGACUCCCUGCUUCAACCCGCUGACUCCCCCUCUAUCUGCCCGACCAAACAGCACAAUACGUAAAACCACUGAGCUCCUUGGUGGUGGCCUUGGUGAGCACUUUGCCCACCUCUUGCUUGGAAGAACACAGCUGUCACAAAAAGGGUGCUGUUUUUACUUAUUCGUCUUCACUGUAUCUUAACCGUUCCUUCACAUCCAGCUACCUAAGUGGGGGCUCCAGAGUCGAGAGCUCUGGAUUGUUUCCUGGAAAUGAAGCACAGAAAUAAGCACAGAAGAACAAAAAGCAUGGUCACCCUUCUUUCAUAUAAUUCUUGCCUCGGUUCAGAUCGUUAUCCGCUUACCUCGAGGGGGUCAAGAGCUGUCAUCUAUUAGCUCUGCAUAGAACAAUAAUGUUGACACUCAGUCUUGUGCUUCUCUGUGGAAAUGUGCAUGGCCACUGCUUUGUUUUUGAGUACCUGGUCACAUUUAAAUACAGAUUUUGGAAUGGCUUUUUUGUCUGACGUUUCCAGCACAAUUAGAAGUGUACUUUUUUCCUCUCAAAGUCACAAUGUUCUAUGUUUCAAGGGUGUUUUUUGUCUUCUUCAGGAAGGAGAAAUCUUUAAAAAUAAUAUUGUAUACUUAAUAGAUUCUCAGGUUUAUGGAGAUAAUAUAUUGCAAAAGUUUUAAAGCUUCCUUGCCAUCAUCUAGCUCACUACCUGUAGUGAUGAAUACACAUUUAUCAUCACAUCCUCAUAUGAAAAUAACAACCUGAAGCACUAAACAUUUACUGCAUAGGCUGUACAUUUUCACUAUACACAAUAACUCAUCGUGAGUUUGUAUUUAUGUCAGCGACAUUUCAAGUUCAGAUGUAUUUUUUGUAUCUUGUGCCAAAUUUGAGUGCCAUUUUCUAUUUUUAUUUCAUCGUCGUUGCCUCCAUGAUCAUGUGUAAGGUUUUCCAUUCAAAUCGCCACUGAAAGGUUUGCAAUACAAAAAUGUUAUUUUCUACCUGAAAAACUGUACAAUCAAUGAAAAAUAGCUGUUUCUUGUAUCUGGUACAGUAUUUCACCAGAAGUGUUUCGCAUUGUAUGGGUGUUACUAUAUGUGUUUUUGUUACACACAUUUCCAUAUCUGUAUAGUCUAGAGAAAUACUCAAUACUGAAUUUGUUCAGGGGUAUGUGCAAUUACAGAUCCAUAGAGGCAUUAUUCAAUGGAAUGACAAAGUACAAUAUCAGAGUUGCUUAUUAAACAAUAUUGAACAGUU